CAGAAAUGCUGAGUCAGCAUUCCCAACGAACUCGUGCAGUACCUGCAUCGAACACCAGGCCACAGUCGUUAACGUUAACGCCUGUCGUGGCCGUUUGUCAACAAAAAUGAAUCUUAAAACUGAACUGAAUAUGGCUCUCCAUGGCAGAGGGGGGCGCUCCUGUUCUUAUGAUACAUCCGAGGGUGAACCCCGCUAUGGAGUCCUGAUCUCCCACAGUCCGUGAAGGCAGCAGCGAGACUCCAAACAAAAAGAAGCGGUAAAAUGGCGGAACUGGUCCCUGACGGCGACGCUCGGGCGAUGAAGCCGCCGCCCAAACGCCGGCGUAUCCUCGACGCUUCGGCGAUCGUCCCUGCGCCGGUUUACUCCAACAAGGUGAACAGUCUGCAGCUGACGUCAGCCACGCCCACUUUCUCAGAAAAGGAACACGCAGGUAAAAAUACAGGUGGCGGUCUGUGGUCGGAGUUCUCGUGUGACGGCAGGUCAGCGAGUGACUUAACCAUCAGUGACUCUGAGGAAGAGGAGGCAGAACACGGUGACAACAAAGCGUUCAAAACCCAAACAGAAGUCGUCCGCUGUCCGUCUCCUCCUGGGAGUCCAGUCCAAAAACAGUCCAGAAAAGUCAUAAAGACCAUCAGUGAGAUCGACAGCAGACUCCAGGUGCUGAACUCCCUCUUGUCUCCGGAGACUCGGGACAGAACCGAGACCAGGACCAGGAGCAAACGCAACCGCCGCCAAGUCUCCCCGCCUCCGACGUCAAAGGAGGAGGAGCAAGAUGAUGGUGAUGUCAUCAUGGUGAAUCCUGAAGCAGGCUCGUGUUCGUCUCCGUACAGCUCGUCCGUGCGGGAGAUUCCUCUGAAGAUCCGCUGCCGCACAGACGUCCACAAGAUCGCCGUCCUGUCUUCGACGCCUGUGAGGGACGUGUUGUCCCAGCUGUCUGCUGUCCUUCAUGUCCCCGAGCCCCGCCUCCUGCUGCUGAAGGAGGACGUGGAGCUGGCGACAGACGCCACAGUCGGUGAGAUCGGCCUCGGCAUCGCAGACAUCGUAGAGUGUGUCGUCAUGGCAGCCGAGGACAAAGUCAAAGGAGCGGACGUGAUCACCGUUAAACUGCAGAGCAAAGACCGAGACUCUGCGCAGGAGUUUUCUCUCAACAGAGACGCGCCGCUGGCCUCCGUCUUCUCUCAGUAUCUGUCCAGGGUUCCUCCCGCCACUCGCACCAAGGUCUCCUUCUACUUCGACGGCUCCAAAGUGACGCGCAGACAGACGCCGGCCCAGCUGGACAUGGAGGACGGAGACAUCGUCGAAGUUUGGACUUAAAGCCUUCUGGAUCCGUUUCCUGUCUUUCAAAAAUGUUGUAGUUUAGUUAUUAACUUUAUUAAAGUCACUUUAUGGUAAACUGA